AGCUUACAGUUGGAGUAAACUGCCCCCGACUACAAGACAUGGAUUCAGUAUUGUUUUAGCGUUAAGCAGGGGUGUUAGAUAGUGUUUCUAGAUAGUACGUAAAAUAAUCAGUUUACGAGUGUAUCUAAGUUAAAGGUGCGAGUAAUUCAAAGGUUUCCGUAGAAGAACGUUCACCAAAAAUGAACUAUAAAAUCACAAAGUCAACUAAGGUAGAGAUCGAAAGUGUAGUUUAUAAGGAAUAGUCAAUAAAUGCCGCAAAUGUGAUCAUAGAAUUGAUAACUUCCAAUCGACAUCAAUGGAAAAAUUAUUCAGUUUUAUCUGGGGUGUUUGAGUAAUCUAUCUUAACUUCUUAAUGACACCGCGCACAAGUUCUACACGUUCCUUUUAUCAAUUUGGAGUGAUUUUGUUCAAGUGACGAAAUAGCAAACGUAGUCAGAGUAUCACAUUUAAGUAAUUAUUCAAUUAGACAUUAUCAAGAAUCAGACGACACUGCGUGAACUAUUUAUUGAUCUAUCGGCUAUUGUCCUGCCAAGCGGUCUUCUAUAAUAGAAUGCUAACUUGGCAUAGUGGUCAUUCGCGGUUUCGCAACAUCAUUUGAAUUUCUGCACAUCAUUUUGUCUUGUGUGAUAAUGACUAGAUUAUCUUGAAAAGAUAAAAUUGAUGAUGACGAUAAAGAUGAUAGUGUGCAGCAAGUGAUACAUAUGUUUUAAUUGAAUGCACCGCUUUGGGACUGGAACUAGGAAGUCAAAAGUUAUCCCCCAUAGUGCAUGUGCAUUUCGUGUUUCAUCUUAUAAAUUGUUGGAGUUUCUUCGAAAGAUUGUAUAUACAUAUAUAUAUUUCUCGUGUUGCGUGUUCUUAGUGUGAAAAGUAGAAAAGUUAGAAAACAAUUAAUGUUUCCUUAACUAAGGGAUUGAAUUCCAUCAGCAGCCAGUGAAGCUACAAUGAUUUUCUGUAUCAUAAUCUCACAAUUGACGAAUUUCCUAAAUAAAAUAAGGCUUUAGAUUUAAAAAAUCCCAAUGGCGAUAAAAACGAAUAGAGCGAACACGGCUCAAGUGCCAGACGGUGGCUGGGGAUGGGCCGUCGUCGCAGGAGUGGCUCUCAUGAAUUCAUUCAAUCAAUCCGUCUUAUCCGUUUUCGGUCUUCUGUUUGGAGAGCAUUUACAAAACAUGGGAGAAGGAACUACAGGUGCUGCAUUGGUAUCAAAUUUGAAUAGUUUAGCAUUAAAUUUAUCAGGUUUAUUUAUUGGUCCUGCGAUUAAAACUUUCGCUCCUAGACGUGUUGCUUUCGCUGGAUGCUUCCUCACUUCAUUUGGGCUAUUGAUGUGUUCAGUAUCAACCCGUUUAUGGCAUGUUAUCAUCUGCUAUAGUAUAAUUGUUGGAUUAGGACUAGGCUUAAUAUCACCAUCUGGAUUUAUGGCAAUAAAUACCUAUUUCAAAGAAAAACGAGGGGUAGCUGUUGGAGCAGCAAUGGCAGGAACGGGCGUAGGGCAGAUGAUAUUACCUCAUAUCGUACGAUACUUACUAGAUUACUACGGAUUCAGGAUGACUACAGUCGUGCUAGGGUCACUAGCUUUACAUGGAUUAGUAGGCGCAUCAUUGUUUCGACCACUCAACCCUCCAAACAAACGAAAGAAACGGAAUGUUAAGGAGGUUAAGUUAUUGCUUCAAGACGAUAAGGUUAAAAAUGAAGAACAAAAUGAUCAUGAAAUAUCCUACAGUGCCAAACUUGCUGAGCAAAAGCGAGACAUUACUGAUAAAAGGAAAUCUCUUGACGAUCAUGAGAUAACAUUUAUGAACGAUCCCAGCGAAAAGCACCGUCGACACAAGUCGCAAGGAAUAUUUCACAGAAUCGCUUGUAACUUGGCUAAUGCCAUGGACUUAGAAUUAUUGAAGGAUCCAAUUUUCAUUAGCAUAUGUGCAGGGAUAGGAUUAGUUUACACUUCAACGAUAAAUUUUUCGAUGUUGUUCCCAUAUUUCUUGCAGUUUUCAGCAAACUUGUCACGAGGAAACACCGCAGUUUGCAUGUCAGUGCUAGCAGGCGCGGACAUUGUAUGUCGAAUAGGUUUCCCAAUGAUAACAGACCGACUGAAGAUGUCUUAUCGAUUGGUUUUCCUUAUGGGAGCGAUAGGCAUGUUCUUCGGCCGAGCAAUAUUGGCCGAAUCCUCCAAUUACUAUGUAUUGAUAGUUCUUUCGGCCAUUUGUGGUGGCUUUAAGUCAGCUACAGUAGUGAACAAUAAUUUAACCAUUUCUGAAUAUUGCACUCCUGAGACUUUACCCGGAGGGCUUGGAUUGAAUAUGAUUGCAAAAGGAAUCUUUGCUAUUAGCAUAGGACAACUUCUUGGAUGGAUUCGUGAUUAUACUGGGAGCUACUCACUCUCCCUACAUGCUCAAGAUGCUCUUAUAAUAAUAGUAACGGUGAUGUGGGCGCCCGAACUUGUUUAUAAAUAUUUUAAAAAUCGCAAGGGUAACCGUGAUAAAUCAAACAGUAUUCCUUCUGCCUAAUGUUUAGUAGUUAGGGUAGAUUUCCUAUAAUUUAAAAUGUUUAUACCACUAAUUGUGAUAUUUUUAAAUUACUUAAAGAUAAAAAUGAAAACU